AUGUUCUUUGGCCCUAAAAACCAUCCAGUGAUCUCACACAAAGACAUACUCUCUUGGAUAUUUGAUGAGCCUACUUAUGAUGUCGACAAGCCUGUUUACUUCGAUCCUUCAAAUUCCUCAAGAUAUAUCUCCCACAACCAGGCGAAAACUUUGAUUCGUAAACUUGUGGCAGGAUUCAAAAAAGCAGGUCUAGAAAAGGGCGAUUGCGUCAAUCUACAUUCAUACAAUGAUAUUUACUACCCUAUCCUUUUUCUUGCAAUCAUCGCCAGCGGGGGAGUUUUCGCAGGUUCAAACCCAUCGUACAAGGCCUUUGAGCUGUCACAUCAUAUGAAAAUUGCGAAAGUCAAGUUUAUCAUUUCCGAGCCUCAGAUUGUCGGGCCCGUUCUCACAGCGGCCCAGCAAAAUGGCAUCCCGAUGUCCAAUAUCUGGAUAUUCAAUGAGUUUGAUCCAAGUUUGCCCUCUAAUAUGAAGUCUUGGCGAUCCCUGCUUGAUCAUGGAGAGGAAAAUUGGGUAAGAUUUGACGAUCUACAAACCGCAAAGAAUACACCUGCUGCACGGUUCUUCAGUAGCGGUACCACAGGAUUGCCCAAAGCCGCUUCAUUAAGUCACUAUAAUCUCGUGGCCCAGCAUACUUUAGUUUACGGCACACACUCAAGAGGAUACGAGCCAACCCGCCUUAUGUCUCUACCCAACUUCCAUAUAGCGGCAGCCCCGCCUACCCAUAUAACGGCUUUGAAAGAUGGUACAACAACCUACAUCAUGCGAAGAUUCAAUUUGGAAAAAUUCAUCCAUCACAUCCAGAUCCAUGCAAUCACGGAUAUCUACCUUGUUCCUCCCAUUGCAAUCGCUAUCAUCAAUUCUCCAAUGGUCCAACAAUCCUGUUUCUCGACAAUCAGAUCUGCUACAUGUGGAGCCGCGCCACUCGACAAGUCACAGCAAUCUAUGCUCCGGAAUAAACUGCCUGCGGGUGUUCCAUGCACACAGACAUACGGAUUAACAGAGAUAAGUGGGGCGGGAACAACGCUUCCUUAUCCUGAAGACGAUGAGACUGGUUCGAUCGGUAGAUUACUUCCUGGCCUUGAGGCAAAACUUGUGGACGAUAAAGGAAGAGAGAUCAGGGAAUAUGAGAUACCGGGAGAGCUCUGUUUCCGAGGUCCGACAGUUAUGAAUGGCUACUUCGACAAUCCAGCAGCUAAUAAGGAGGCUUUUGACCAGGAUGGUUGGUUCAAAACUGGUGAUCUUGCUUACUGUGCCAAAGAGACAGAAUGCUGGUACAUUGUGGGUCGGAAGAAGGAACUCAUCAAAGUUCGAGGGUUUCAGGUUGCACCUAAGGAAAUAGAGGGCGUGCUUCUCUCUCAUCCAGCUGUCAUGGACGUUGCUGUCAUUGGGGUUAAACUUACCAACCAAGAUGAUGAGCAUCCCCGUGCCUACAUUGUGAAGAGAGACGGUGUCAGCAGUUCAAGUCUGACAGAAAAUGAUGUCAAGGUCUUCGCUGCCUCAAGGCUCGCAAAGUACAAGGCAUUGACAGGAGGGGUUCGGUUUGUGGAUGCGCUACCUAGAAAUGCCACUGGGAAGACUUUGAGAAUUGCCCUCAGGGAGAGAGCUGAAACGGAGGGUGGUCAAAAAGCACAUCUGUAG